AUGCCGCCUCUGGAUGUUCUGAUGGUGUGGCACUCGUACUUGCUGAACCCUCGUUGCUUCUUCGAAGACUGUUGGAGGUAUAGCAAGCUCGAUCUCUACGCUACCGGCUUGCCCUGGAAGGCUAUCGAUGGCUGCAUCGACAACGUCACCUUUCAGUACGUGACUUCAGCAGCAGCAGAGCCUAGCUUCGAAGUGAAGACCGGCCGGUUUUGGCGCAAUCUUGACGACAAGGAUUCGAAAACUUUCCCGUGCGGAAAGUGCUCUCGUGCAGUAUCGGUUCCAUGGACAGCUGGAUAUAAACAGCGCGAACCGGAGUUCACUGCUGGCUACGGCUACGCCGACAGAGACUUUGCCGCACGGUGUCAACAUUGCAAAACGUACUACAAUCACAAUGUGCUACGGGCUGAGAAAUUUCGACACGACGUUGAGUUGAUGUUUGAGCAAGACUGUCCGCUUCCGGGGACCGUCACGAGUACCGAAGGCCUGCUGCCUCCGGGUCGAUCCGAGAAGGACGUUCUGCAAUGCUUCUUCCCAAACUGGCUCGUGGCAGAAGCUCGAUCUGGUUACCUCGAAAAGACAUGGGAGUUAAGUCUGUACCCAAACAACUCGCCAAGUAUGGAGAAGAUCCGGGACGGACUAGACUUGUCGCUCCAUGAUCUUGAUGUAAUCAUACGUCUCAUGCCAAGUAGACGGCGCGCCCCCCAGAAACGUAAUGCAAAGGAAAAGUUCGCUAUGCGCCGUAUGAUGAGUCGCUACUGGUUCAAUUCGUCCUCUUUCGCUCUCGAUCUGGUCGGCGCCGUCAUUCGCCAGGGAUCGUUUGUUGAGAAGAUGCACAACAUUGACUGGCUGCAUUCGCCAGCUCUCCAAUCGACCAUGGACCGUCUCAUCAAAAAGUAUGGCCGCUUCUUUGCCAUCAUGGCAGAUAAUCCUGGUCGAAUGGCCGUACCGACGUUAGAUGUUGACCUGGCUUGGCACACCCACCAGCUGGCCUCGCGAGCUUACUACCUAUACUCCGAGAAGCAUGCAAGAAGUCUUAUUGACCACGACGACAAAGUAGAAGAAAACGAUCUCUCCGACGCUUUUGCGUGGACCAGCAAAAUGUAUCAAGCAAAAUAUGGAGAGCCUUACUCGGCCUGCACAUGCUGGUACUGCGAAGCAGUCCGCGAGUCCCAUACCUCAUCCCUGUCCCGCAUCUUCAAAUCCAAGAGCUACGCAGCAAGCAAGAACCUGCACGACGCGCCUGACGCAGCAUCCUCAGACCUACUGAAGUCGCCGCACAUCUCCGCCCACAACGCCAUCCGCGACCAAGACUCCGAAGCCAAGGCGCGCGUCAACGCUGCGAAGCUAGACAAAGCGUACCAUCAAGCAUGCGCCAGAGCUCGCAAGGAGGGGCGCAAAGAGCUGGAGAGGAAUGAGUAUUUCUACACCUACGCUUGGGGCUAUCCCAUGACCUCUCCCGCGUACGUGCCUUACGGUGUCGACCCUUGUGCGGCUGGCAACGGGCGCUCAUACGCUACUCAUCCGUACUAUGUGAAUAAGUCGCCUGAUGUGUACGGGAACUGUAUGGCAGGGACUGGUGGAGAGAGCGGUGGCUCCUCUGGGGGAUGUGGUGGGUUGGGCGGUUGUGGCGGAAGCGGAGGGGGAGGCUGCGGUGGAGGAGGAGGAGGUGGUGGUGGUGGAGGUGGAUGCGGGGGUGGCGGCGGUUGA